AUGUCAACUCAUACAUUACAAGUUAUUUUACCAAUGAACGCUGAAAAGUUUUACGAAAUUACAGAAACUAAAGAAUUUGACCAAUUCCAAAUUCCAUUUUUGGGUUUAGAUUCUCACGAAUUGGUUGAAGAGAUAGAUAUGGGUGAUCAUCUUCAUAGAAUUGUUAAAAUUAAACCAAAAACCAGCAUUCCAAAAAUUUUAUUAAAAUUCACAACCUCAAACCAAGAAGUUUCAUAUCAAGAUACACAAACCAAAUCAAAGGUUAAGAGAGAGAUUACAUUUAAAACACAAGCCCCAGUUAUGGCUGAACAUAUUCAUGUUAAUGGUAUUAUUAAUGUUGAACCAUUAGACGAUAAUUCAUGUUUAAAAGUUAUUAAAGUUACAUUUAGAUUUACUGGUCCAUUACAAUGGUUCUCAUCAAUUAUAGAAAAUAACAUUCUUUCAGAAUUAAAGAAAACUAUGGAAUUACUCCCAACCAUCAUUGGUGAAUAUAAAAAACAUUUAUUAACCUUAGAAGCCACUAGUACAACUACUGAUGCUGCUGCCCCACAAGCCAACCCAAUCCAAGUUAAUGCCGAAAACAAUACAUCAAAUUUCGAACAACCUGAAUCUGGUAGUCCAUCCAAAUCCCAAACCACAAAUAACAGUAGCGAUUUACUUAACCCUGUUGCAUUAUCAGCCAAUUAG